AAACCAGCCCUCCUUAUCGCGCCGAGGAAAUCAAGAGCAAGAGUUUGAAUGGAUUUUAUAUAAAUAUUUACCCCGACGAAGCUACUGCUGAGCUCGUGGGAUAAACUCGCAGCAGCUGGUCUCACUCUGCUUCCCUUGCCUGCCUCUGAAAGGGUUUAAUUACUUUGGAGAGGAGAGGGGAGAGAUCCAGAUCCCAGUUCUGGCUCCAGACUGACCCAAAAAGCAGGACCAGGAUUUAAAUGAACUAUGGAUCUGAAGGACAGCACCAGCGAGGGCAGCAUGGGCAGCCUGCAGCCUUCCAGCAUCCAGAUUUUUGCCAACACCACCACACUCCACGGGAUCCGUCACGUCUUCGUCUACGGGCCGGUCACCAUUCGGCGCCUGCUCUGGACCUUGGCCUUUGUGGGCUCGCUGGGUCUGCUCCUGGUGGAGAGCUCGGACAGGGUGGCUUUUUACUUCUCCUACCAGCAUGUGACCAAAGUGGACGAGGUGGUGGCGAACAGCCUGGUGUUUCCUGCUGUCACCAUCUGUAACCUCAACGAGUUCCGCUUCUCCCGGCUCACCACCAAUGACCUGUACCAUGCUGGGGAGCUCCUGGCGCUGCUGGAUGUCAACCUGCAGAUCCCCAACCCUCACCUGGCUGACCCUGCUGUCUUAGCUGCCCUCCAAGAAAAGGCCAACUUUAAGCAGUAUAAACCCAAAGUUUUCAGCAUGCAAGAGUUCCUGGCACGGGUUGGCCACGACCUGAAGGAUAUGAUGCUGUACUGCAAGUUCAGGGGCCAGGAGUGCAACCACAAGGACUUCAAAACUGUGUUUACAAAAUAUGGGAAAUGCUACAUGUUUAACUCAGGAGAGGAGGGGCGGCCUCUCCUCACCACGGUGAAGGGGGGGACAGGGAACGGCCUGGAAAUCAUGCUGGACAUCCAGCAGGACGAGUAUCUGCCCAUCUGGGGAGAAACAGAGGAGACGACGUUCGAGGCCGGAGUCAAGGUGCAGAUCCACAGCCAGUCUGAGCCUCCCUUUGUCCAGGAGCUGGGAUUUGGGGUGGCCCCUGGAUUCCAGACCUUCGUGGCCACCCAGGAGCAAAGGCUGACGUACCUGCCCCCGCCGUGGGGCGAGUGCCGCUCCCCGGAGCUGGGCCUGGCGUUCUUCCCGGUGUACAGCGUGACAGCGUGCAGGAUCGACUGCGAGACACGCUACAUCGUGGAGAACUGCAACUGCAGGAUGGUGCACAUGCCAGGGGAUGCUCCCUUCUGCACCCCGGAGCAGUACAAGGAAUGCGCAGAGCCCGCGCUCAGUCUCCUGGCAGAGAAGGACAGCAAUUACUGCAUCUGCAGGACCCCCUGUAACCUCACCAGGUACAACAAGGAGCUCUCCAUGGUCAAGAUCCCCAGCAAGACCUCGGCCAAGUACCUGGAGAAGAAGUUCAACAAGUCAGAAAAAUACAUCUCAGAGAACAUUCUCGUGCUGGACAUUUUUUUUGAAGCACUCAACUAUGAGACCAUUGAGCAGAAGAAAGCCUAUGAAGUGGCAGCCUUACUUGGUGACAUUGGUGGCCAGAUGGGGCUGUUCAUCGGGGCCAGCAUCCUCACCAUCCUCGAGCUCUUCGAUUACCUGUACGAGCUGAUCAAGGAGAAGUUAUUGGACCUUCUUGGAAAAGAGGAAGAGGACGGGAGCCAUGAGGAGAACGUGAGCACCUGUGAUCCAGUGCCAAACCACUCGGAGAGCCUGAGCCACACUGUGACCGUGCCCCUGCAGGCCCCGCUGGGGACGCUGGAGGAAAUCGCCUGCUGACCCCUCCCCACCACAGUGCCCAUCCCGAGGAAGGAAAAAUGCACAGGGAAAACAGGGACCCAGCUCAGGUUUGCACUGGGGGGAAAAAAAAAAUUAAAAAAAGAUGGAAAAAAAAAUAAACUGGGAAAAAAAUACUGGAGAAAAAAAAAUAAACUGGAAAAAAAUUAUUAAAAAAAUCUAUUAAAAAUAAAAAAAAAGAAGAAGAAAAACUCGCUAUGCAUUAAAAGAAUAUAAAAAUAAUAUAAAAAUAUAAAUUCUAAAUAUACUCUGCCCAAAGUGAGAGGCGCCUUGGA